GACUGCCUCCGUGCCAUGUCUGUUCUGUCUUCUGCAGGUGGCGGCGGGAACAGGAAGGGCAAGAGUAAGAAAUGGCGCCAGAUGCUGCAGUUCCCACACAUCAGCCUGUGUGAAGAUCUCCGGCAGAUGCUCGAGCGGGACUAUCGCAGCCUGUGUGAGAAGCAGCCUAUCGGGCGCCUGCUCUUACGGCAGUUCUGCGAGACGCGGCCCGAGCUGUCGCGCUGCGUCGCAUUCCUGGGAGCCGUGGUAAGUGCCAGCUGCCGGCACCGCGCUGCCCCGCUCCGGAGAGCCCGGGGCCAGUUGGCCGAGAGCCCUCCCUGCCACCUGCUGUCCAAGGAAGAGCUCGGGAAAGCUUGGGGCUGCCCUGAGAUCUGGACUCCCUGGGGGUCUUGUUGCUGGCAGGCCGAGUACGAAGUGACUCCGGACGAGAAGAGGAGGGAGUGUGGGCAGCACCUGAUGGACAGAUUCCUGAACCCCCAGAGCGUGGCUCACGUGCCUGAAGUCAGGCUGGAGCAGGAGCCAAGCAAGGAGCUAUUCAAGGAAUCAACCAAGCUCAUCCAUGACUUCCUGAGUGUGGCCCCCUUCGCCGACUACCUCGACAGCAUCUACUUCAACCGCUUCCUGCAGUGGAAAUGGAUGGAGAGGCAGCCAGUCACCAAGAACACCUUCCGCCAGUAUCGUGUCCUGGGAAAGGGAGGCUUCGGUGAGGUGUGUGCGUGCCAGGUGCGAGCCACUGGGAAGAUGUACGCCUGCAAGAAGCUGGAGAAGAAGCGGAUCAAGAAGCGGAAGGGGGAGGCCAUGGCCCUGAACGAGAAGCAGAUUCUGGAGAAAGUGAACAGUAGGUUUGUAGUGAGCCUGGCCUACGCGUACGAGACGAAGGACGCCCUCUGCCUCGUGCUGACCCUCAUGAACGGAGGGGACCUCAAGUUCCACAUCUACCACAUGGGCGAGGCCGGCUUCGAGGAGCCGCGCUGCGGCCUGGGCGACCUGCACCGGGAGAGGAUCGUGUACAGGGACUUGAAGCCAGAGAACAUCUUACUGGAUGACCAUGGUCACAUCCGUAUCUCAGAUCUGGGGCUGGCUGUGCAUGUGCCUGAGGGCCAGACGAUCAAAGGCCGGGUGGGGACAGUUGGCUACAUGGCUCCGGAAGUGGUGAAGAACGAGCGCUACACCUUCAGCCCCGACUGGUGGGCGCUGGGCUGCCUGGUGUACGAGAUGAUCGAGGGCCAGUCCCCCUUCCAGCAGAGGAAGAAGAAGAUCAAGCGGGAGGAGGUGGAGCGGCUGGUGAAGGAGGUGCAGGAGGAGUACUCGGAGAAGUUCUCGCCGGGCGCUCGCUCCCUCUGCACCAUGGUACCGAGGCCACAGGGGCCCCAGCGAGCAGCGUGGGGGGCGCGAGGGCAAGGGCCGGGCCGGGCGCUCCGUGCCCAUCCCCUGGCAGAACGAGGUAGGGGCUGCCUCCUCGCACGCAGGCCUGGCCUCGGGGGGGUGGCCUCUGCCUCCUUCCAGCCCCAGGCCAUCUACUGCAAGGACGUGCUGGACAUUGAGCAGUUCUCCACCGUCAAGGGGGUGGAGCUGGAGCCCACGGACAACGACUUCUACCAGAAGUUUGCCACGGGGAGCGUGCCCAUCCCCUGGCAGAACGAGAUGAUUGAGACAGAGUGUUUCACGGAGCUGAAUGUCUUGGGCCCGGACGGCUCGGUGCCCCCGGACCUGGACUGGAAAGGACAGCCUUCUCCACAGCCAAAGAAGGGCUUGCUCCCGCGCCUCUUCAGCAGACAGGUACGCUCCCCACCACCUGCCCUGCCCAGCAGAGUCAAAGGCAGGAGCCAGGCCUGAGGGCCACCAGAAGACCAAUGUCUCCCAGGUGGCACCAACAUGGCUGCGCACACAUCCCAGGGCAGCUGCAUCCCUCCCCUUGGGGCGCAGAGCUUCCUAAGGGCUGGAGGCCUCAGCUGUGUCCCUCGCGCCCGCACGUGCUCCCCUUUCCCUGGACUUUCAGGCCUG